UAGCAACAUUAGCCACGCUCCGGCAACAGUUGCGAAGAAACCUUGGCAACGCCUCCUAAUUAUGAUUCCUUAGCAACGUUAACCACGCCCCUAGCAAUGAUUGCUUAGCAACGAAGCUUUACAAAUCGCACAUGACAUUUCAUAAUCGUUAUUAAUUUUUUUGUUUUAGGACACCACAGAAUCAUUCACGUUCUCCACAACUCAGAACAACCUGCGUCAGUAUUUGCAACCCUGGAGUCAAACAACAAAACAGUUUCCUUGAUAGCCGACGGGUUGUUUGAUCUGUUGAUGAUGAAGCUGAGCAACAUCUACGAGGUGAAGAAGCACAUAAAGAUCGAAUCCAAGGGUCCCAGGUUCGAAGUCGGGGACUUUUGCGUGAAAUUGGGCAGCGUGACCAUGACCCAGAAUUUUAAGGGCAUCCUCGUGGAAGUCGAGUACAGACCCUGCGUUGUACCUGCCAUGGCCUGGGAUCUCAUUAGGGAAUUCUUGCAGGGCUACCUUGGGUGCACCAUCAGCAAUCAAGCGCCCCAAUUCUUGCAGUCACGGAUGAAUGACAUUUAUCAGCCCACGGAUACCAUUGCUCAAUAUCUCGAGCACUUUGGACAGUACCGAAAAGCUACUGGAGUCAUCUAA